AUGGGAGGGCCCUUUGCGACAUAUGCCGAGUAUUUGCAGGCAACGCUGGAGUGGCAGCUGGCGCAGAGCGAAAGUGUCGCAGCCCUCAACGGCUGGAGGGACACGCCUGGCCUUCGAGAGCGAAUCGAUGCGUUUGUCGCAAACGGGCUUGGCAAGAUCCUGUCCAACGUGCCUGAACACAAGCCGACGCUAGUUCACGGCGAUUUGACUCUGCCCAAUCUUCUCUUCGACUGGCCCUCAAACCGCCUCGUCGCCGUCGUGGACUUUGACUUUGGCCACGUCGGCAGCACCAUCACCGAGUUUCUCUACUCGUUUCCCGAAUUUCAGGGUAUUCUGCUCGGCGUCGCGGAGCCCGAGGACGGUCUGCGCGACCUGGUGCUCAACGGCUUCGUCGGCCCUCGCCCAGUGGAUGCGCGGUUUGCGAUUGGCAAAGCGUGGAAUGACGCCCUGGCCGCGCAAGGCGCCCGGCGACCCUGCAGCGUGGAGGGAGCCGACGACGUCUCAAACGUGUGGUGGUUCGCGCAGGAGCUGAUGACGUUCCACUGGCUGCUGCCGCGGUUCUACGAGGGCCAGUCCGCGGAGCAGAUCCAGGGAUGGGUGGCCAAGUCGCGGAAGCGGAUCGAAGCCUACUUGGAGCACUGGGGUUACUGA